AUGUUGCAACGCCUGUCUCUGGCAAAUUUCAUCAAAUGCGAUGAGGAGACAGUUUUGCCAGGAGUAAGGGGGGGAGGUUGCCGAAGAUGGAACGCGGAUAAUCGCUACGUAACGCGACGGAACGACUCUAGGAUCAAAAUAGCCAGAGCUGUCACUAACAAUAUAGCUUGCUGCCUUAUAGAAAAGAGUUUUUCCACUUUUCAACGUGGAGGGGGGGGGGGAGGGCGGUGGAAACAAUUCCAGGCUGUGGGGUCUAGACCAUUGUUCGCUGCUAAUGUUGGCGAGACAAUGGGAGGCGUACUCCCACAGUCUGUCAGAUCGGGAUGGAAGUCAUCCACCCUCUGGAUAUGCCAGUACACUUGGGAUAGCAUUAUUAUCCCGAAGGAAGGGGUACAGCGCGAAGACCUCUUGAGGUUGAUGGCACAAAAGACAUGCCGCCAGCUGAACUCUGAUAGGACCGAUCUAGAAGAUACGGAUGUGUGCCGCCAUUGUCUGUGCCUACAUCUCUGCAUCUUUGGCUUCGGCGGUGAAAUCGCCGGGGACCGUUCGUCUUCUGUCAGGCUCUGUCAGCUGUGCCACUUCCUUUGUGUUUUAUAG